UGGGAGGACCAUGAUGCUAUUGAGAGCGAUAUUUUCGACAAAAUAGUGGAGGAGGUACGUUGUAGAGGACAAAAUUAUAUUCGAGUAGCUAUUCCAUCAGUUCGAGUUCAUGUUCUCCUCGAGGACAUGGGUCUUCUUGAGCCUAGGGAGGCAGAGAUUCCGAGGGGUCGACCACCUAGGAGGGAGAACGCCCGAAAACGUUCUUGGUUUGAGCAGGAGAGAUCACGAGAGGCACGCAGAAGUAAUACCAGCAGGACAAGCCCUCCGACGAGGGAUCUCACUCCCCCGAUGAGGGAUCCUACUCCCCUGAUGUCAGAUCGCACUCCCCCUAUGAGUCAAUUGUGGGAAUUCCAUAGUGAGAGGGAUAUGUGUCCAUACCUCCCAUACAUCCCAUCUAGCAUACACCAUCUUGUUAGAGCUUGGUUUAACCCCGAUGGGGAUGGUCAUUGUGGGUUUCGAGCAAUCUCACACAUUAUUCAUGGUGACAAGGGUUACUACUUAGAGAUGAGGCAAGCUGUUAUUGGAGAGAUUACUAGUCGAUGGGAUUCUAUAUAUAGUAGACAUUACGAUGGGACACUAGAGCAAGUAAUUCAUAGGUUGGAUCAAAGGAAUUCGGGAUGGUGUGGCAACAAGUACUGGUUUAAGGAGGUGGAUCUACUAGCAUUCGCGACAAUGCACAAUUGUGCCUUUUCAGUCUUCGGGUGGGCAAUUGAUGGGACAUAUGGGUAUAGUGCAUUACCCGUGACAGCGCCACCAGGGAUAACAUCUCCAGUUCAUGUUUAUGCCCUCGUUCAUACUAGAGUACAUUGGGUCCGACUUCAUCUUGUAGACGUCGGAGGUGUUACACCAUGCCUCCAUUUAGUUUUCAGUGGUCUCAUCUUCGCGAUAUGGCAACUGUUGGUUCUUGGUCAUUGUUGUACCAAGAGGAAAGAAGGUUGUUUUUCGUUCUCGGUGGACAUCAGCAAAGUAGACAAGACAAGGGGUGAGCCGAAGCAUGUAGUACAUGAGUAG